AUGAGUGGUGCGGGGAAAGGGCAGUGCAAGGAAAGGGCGGUGCGGGGAAAGGGCGGUGCGGGGAGAAGGCGGUGCGGGGAGAGGGCAGUGCGAGGAGAGGGCGGUGUGAGGAGAGGGAGGUGCAGGGAGAGGGCGGUGCGGGGAGGGGGCGGUGCGGGGAGGGGGCAGUGCGGGGAGGGGGCAGUGUGGGGUGGGGGUGGUGCGGGGAGGGGGCAGUGCGGGGAGGGGGCAGUGUGGGGAGGGGGCGGUGCGGGGAAGGGGCGUUGUGGGGAGGGGGCGGUGUCAGGAGGGGGCGGUGCGUGGAGGGGGCAAUGUGGGGAGGGGGCAGUGCAGGGAGGGGGCGGUGCGGGAAGGGGGCAGUGCGGGCAGGGGGUGGCACGGGCAGGGGGCGGUGCGGGCAGGGGGCAGUGCGGGCAGGGGAUGGUGCAGGGAGGGGGCAGUGCGGGAAAUGUCGGUGCAGGGAAAGAGCAGUGCGGGAAAUGUCGGUGCAGGGAAAGAGCAGUGCGGGGAAAGGGCGGUACGGAGAAACGGCAGUGCGGGGACGGGGCGGUUCGGGGAAGGGGCAGUGCGGGGAAGGCGCGGUGCGGGGAAUGGGUUGUGCGGGGAAGGGGCGGUGCCGGGAAAGGGUGGUGCUGGGGAAGGGCGGUGCCGGGGAAAUGGCAGUGCUGGGGAAAGGGCAGUGCGUGGAAAGGGCGGUGCGGGGAAAGGGCGGUGCAGGGAAAGGGCGGUGCCAGGAAAGGGCAGGGCCGGGGAAGUGCGGUGCAGGGGAAGGGCGGUACAGGGGAAGGGCAGUGCAUGGGAAGGGCGGUGCAGGGAAAGGGCGGUGCAGGGAAAGUGCGGUGCAGGGCAUGA